AUGGGACGGCGGAGCUUGAUCUGGGGCAGCUUGCUGUUGGUCUUGGCCUUUUGCUGGCAGAGGACAUUUGGAUUUGCUUGGGUAUUGCUGCGCGGCGCGUCGAGCAGAAGCCGAAGUCCUGGCAAAUGCACACAACUCCGAUGUCAGGGAGACCGACCUUCCAAGCCCAGCAUGGACUACCCACCGCCAGCAGCGUCGAUCGCUUGGCCGCGGUACCUGUCCUGGCUGGGAUUCACCGUGGGAGCCCUGUCGGGCCUGCGACGGAAGCUCUUUGGGGGAGCGCAGGCCGUGGCGUUAGAUCCAGCCCUGCCCUUGGCGGUGCGGCUGCAACUCAUCAAUUCACGUAGAGAUCUUCGAUCCAAGGCCCAGCUGGCGCCUCGGAGCUUCCGCCAGAUGCUGCGCAACUCCGCCGACACCCUGGAGGAAGUGCCCGCGCUGCUGGUCACUGUAGCAGUGCUGGCCGGCAACAUGCUGGCACCCAAACAGGGCUUGACGGACUUUCGGCAACUGGGAGAGGCUGAGGCGCUCCUGUUCACUGCAGGGAAGCUCCACUUGGGUAUGCAACCUGAGACCAGUGGCAAGAUGCGGCUGUUGGGGGGCGACUUCUUAUAUGCUGAGGGCCAAUGGAUGCUUGCGGAGCUUGGAUCUUUGCCGGUGAUUCGCCUCACCAGUCGGAUGAUCCAGGACGUGUCGGAUGGCUCGUCAAAGGGGGGAGCUGCCCCUGCAGACAUGGAGACUGAGCCAAGCGUUGGACAAGUAGGUGCCAAAGCGGCGCUGCAUGCUGCCUAUGUCCGUGUGGGCUGCUACUUCAGCGCUGUGGCCUCCGGUGCCGCAUGGCUCAGCGGCGCAGCCAAGCCCGUUGUCAAGGCGUUGCGGAAGUAUGGGACGAAUCUGGGCACUGCCCUGCAACUAGCGCAGUUUCGAGAUGAUGCAGCCUCGCAGGAUGCAGCCCUUUGGCUGGCCAGAUCCGCGCAAGAAAAGCUGAGAGGCAGCAUCAUGGGACAUCUGCAAGGUUCGGCGGCGCUGAAGGGCAUGCGGCGCUUGGCUCACCGCGUGGAGCGCUCCUGCGCCCAUAACCUGCAGGAGUUGCUGAGAAAACCCGAGAACGCGGCCAUCAAAGGCUUGACCUUCUCGGACGUAGACUCCAUGGAACAGAUGUUGGAAGACCUCUACCUCCGCCCGGACGAGUCCAGCGGCGGCCGAUUUGAACUCAAGGGCAUGGGCUUCCGCCGCGACCAGGUCAGCGACGAGGGCCUGCAGUGGCUCAUCGCCCGGGGCCUGGCGGACGACGCGCUGCCGGCCUCUAAGGAGCCGGCCCCCAGCUGGCCGCCCGAGGGGCCCAAGGCAGCCUUGCAGUUUGCCUCGAAGUGUGUUGGCAAGGAAUUGGUGGCUGUGAAUGGCAACUUGGAUGGGGAGAGGCUCUCCCAACCCGCUUCCAGCGACCUAGUGAGGGAAGAGGUGGUGCGGCUCUUCAAGUCAGGUGGCAAACGCUUGCGGCCGGUGUUGACCCUGUUGACAGCUCGCGCCACGGGGGCCACUGAGGCGGCCAUGGCGGACGUAGUCUCCCUGGCGGCCGCAGUGGAGGUGUUACACUCCGCCUCCUUGGUGCAUGACGACAUCCUGGACGAGGCGGACACCCGUCGCGGCGAGCAGGCGGCACAUGUGCGGCUGGGCGAGCGCGCGGCGGCGCUGGUGGGGGACUUCCUGUGGCCUGGCAGAACAGUGGCCGGUCAGAUUGUGGAGAAGUUCAGGGAAAUCAGGGCGCUGGCCGCUCAACGUGAGGAUCAGGAGAAGGUUGAUAUGUGGGAAGAUGCAGGCAUGAUCCGAAAGCUUGCGAAGGAGAUACAAACUUUGCUUGGUACUGCCGCAGGCCACGGCCAAAGAUAUCCAGAGAUGCAGGCGGGAGGUGGUCUCUUGGAUGUGUUUGCGGCAGCUCAUGACUGUGCAAAAGAGAUGGCCAGCUUAGAUGCAAAACCACGCUGGAGAUCAGCUUGUGGAAAAAUUGUUGAGGCCAGUCGCAGAGCUGAGCAGUUCCUACAGCCAUUGCUGUGGAUGGAGGUUUUCCCUGAGCAGCUGGGUGCAGAUGCCACUGAGUCAGUUGCCUUCACACAUCCCACAGCUCAAUCUCACCCACAGGCACCCCUUGAAGGAAGUGCUACUGCAGUAACGCAGAGUGUCGCAGCAGAGACACGGACACAAGGGGAAGCUCAAGCAGAAGACUUUCCUGACGAGAACUCCGGGGGUGGAAACGAGGCAAAAAUCCAAAAUUUGGAGCACAAACUGCUGGAGUUGAAGAACAAACGCAGCCAUGAAGAUCACCCGAACAUUGCUGCGACACUUCAUGAGCUAGGCGUGGUGAGUUGCCAGGCUGGCGAUCUCAAGGGAGCAAAGCAGCAGCUGGAGGAGUCCUUGCGCAUGAAGCGCUCCUUGCAUGGUGAUAAGGAUCAUCCAGACAUUGCUGGGACACUUCAUGAGCUAGGCAUGGUGAGUGUCGAGGCUGGAGAUUUCAAGGGAGCAAAGCAGCAGCUGGAGGAGUCCUUGCGAAUGAAGCGUUCCUUGCAUGGUGAUAAGGAUCAUCCAGACAUUGCUGGGACACUUCACUCGCUGAGCAUGGUGAGUGUCGAGGCUGGAGAUCUCACUUCAGCAAAGCAGCAGCUGGAGGAGUCUUUGCGAGUGGAGCGCUCCUUGCAUGGAGAUAAGGAUCAUCCAGACAUUGCUGGGACACUUCGUCAGCUAGGGGUGGUGAGUCGCUGGGCUGGAGAUCUCGAGGGAGCAAAGCAGCAGCUGGAGGAGUCUUUGCGAAUGGAGCGCUCCUUGCAUGGAGAUAAGGAUCAUCCAUACAUUGCUGCGACACUUCAUGAGCUAGGCGUGGUGAGUUGCCAGGCUGGCGAUCUCGAGGGAGCAAAGCAGCUGCUGGAGGAGUCUUUGCGAAUGAAGCGCUCCUUGCAUGGAGAUAAGGAUCAUCCAUACAUUGCUGCGACACUUCAUGAGCUAGGCGUGGUGAGUUGCCAGGCUGGCGAUCUCGAGGGAGCAAAGCAGCUGCUGGAGGAGUCUUUGCGAAUGAAGCGCUCCUUGCAUGGAGAUAAGGAUCAUCCAGGCAUUGCUGCGACACUUCAUGAGCUAGGCCUGGUGAGUUGCUGGGCUGGCGAUCUCAAGGGAGCAAAGCAGCAGCUGGAGGAGUCUUUGCGAAUGGAGCGCUCCUUGCAUGGAGAUGAGGAUCAUCCAGACAUUGCUGUCACACUUCGUCAGCUAGGCGUGGUGAGUCGCCGGGCUGGAGAUCUCAAGGAAGCAAAGCAGCAGCUGGAGGAGUCUUUGCCAAUGAAGCGCUCCUUGCAUGGAGAUAAGGAUCAUCCAGGCAUUGCUGCGACACUUCAUGAGCUAGGCGUGGUGAGUUGCCAGGCUGGCGAUCUCGAGGGAGCAAAGCAGCUGCUGGAGGAGUCUUUGCGCAUGGAGCGCUCCUUGCAUGGAGAUAAGGAUCAUCCAUACAUUGCUGCGACACUUCAUGAGCUAGGCGUGGUGAGUUGCCAGGCUGGCGAUCUCGAGGGAGCAAAGCAGCAGCUGGAGGAGUCUUUGCGAAUGAAGCGCUCCUUGCAUGGAGAUAAGGAUCAUCCAGGCAUUGCUGCGACACUUCAUGAGCUAGGCCUGGUGAGUUGCUGGGCUGGCGAUCUCAAGGGAGCAAAGCAGCAGCUGGAGGAGUCCUUGCGAAUGGAGCGCUCCUUGCAUGGAGAUAAGGAUCAUCCAGCCAUUGCUGUGACACUUCAUGAGCUAGGCGUGGUGAGUCGCCGGGCUGGAGAUCUCGAGGAAGCAAAGCAGCAGCUGGAGGAGGAUUCCAGCGGAGGCAUUUGCAUGUUGCCAUGA